CGUCGUUAAUGUUUCGCAUACUUUCGCUUGUCUUCGGGUAGGUUCGCAACUCGCAAAAGCAGUGCACUUGAGAAAGCCCAUCGCAGGCUGUCUCGACGUGUAUGUUUUGAACAAUUCGCAACAUGUUAAUGAGUUUUUAUCAGAUUCUAAUUAAAAAUUCAUGCAGUGUAUUCAGUAUACGAAAAAAAAUUAAUAGUGCAAGACAUUUACCCUCUUGAUCGAGUAUUUUUAUUAGUAUCAAUUGUGCAAUAAGGAAGGUGAAGAACGAUGCCAGGCAAAGGAGGCAGAAGACGAAAAUGCGGACAUGGUGGAAAAAGAGCUGAAUUAACAUCUGAUGAAGAUUCUAUUAAUAAUGAUGCAUGCAGCGUAUCUAGUAGUCAAUCUGAUAAUCGCAGCAUGUUAGAUGAUGUGAAUGAUAAUGAGGUAGAUGAAUUCGCGCAGCAAGAAGCAUUUGAAGAAAAGCUAAAGGAAGCAAUUGAUGGUUUAUCACAAAAGAGUGCAAAAGGCAGAAAUUGUUUCAAUGGAAUAGAAAGAAUCUUUGCCAUCAAAUAUAUUCCAGAUUUUGUAGAAGAUAGAAAAAUGACUAUCACAGAUUCAGUGGAGAGAGGCUUAAGAAAAGGACGUAGUGAAGAACAAUCUACAGCAGCUAGAUUAAGUAGUUUGCUUUGUGUUCAAUUGGGAGCUUUUGAAAGUGCAGAAAUAGUUUGUCGAGAUUUGAAAAGUACUUUAACUUUUAUUGCCAGCGAUACCACAGCUUCUACUCAAGCACGUUCAGAGUGCUGUUGGGCUCUAAGCAUGAAUCAAUUCUUAUCAGGCAAUGAUGCAACUGCUACCAUUGAAAUUGUACAAUUAUUAUCUGGUAUUUUCUCUGGUUCCUAUUUAAAAGGAAAUGGUGCUAUAGCAAAUAUUUCUACAGAAAUUGCUGCGUUACAUGCUGCGGCUAUUUCAUCUUGGACACUUCUUUUAACAGUAAUGGCUCCAGCGGAUAUUUACAGUUUGCUUGCGAGUGAUAGAACUAGUAGUUAUAUGCCGUCCUUGAAUAGAUUGCGCGAAUUAUUAGAAUCACCACAUUUGGAUAUAAGAUUGUCAGCUGGUGAAGCUCUAGCUGUAAUAUUCGAAUUGGGUCGCGAUUUUUCAUGUGAUUAUGAACAGGAUUGGUCUUUGGAUCUAAUCGAAGUAUUAAAAGAGCUAGCUACAGAUUCAAAUAAGUACAGAGCAAAAAAAGACCGUAAACAACAGAGAGCUAAUUUCAGAGAUAUACUUCGCUAUAUAGAGGAGGAUAUUCUACCAGAAAUGCAUGUAAAAUUUGGCCAAGAAAUUCUAUAUUUAGAAGGAUGGUGCGCACGAACUCAGUAUAAUGCGUGUUGUAGAUUACUUGGUCCGGGAAUAAAUAUUCAUCUUGCGGAAAAUCAACUUCUGCGCGAAAUUUUUCACCUUGGUAACAAAGUUGUGCCGAUACAAUUAAAUCAAAAGACAAGUAAAUUAGAAAGGACAUUAAUGAAUGCAGCUGCAUUCAAAGCACGCACUAUUCAGCGUAAUAAAAACAGAGACAAACGAUCAGCUGCCUUGGCACCAUUAUUCCAUAACUCAAAAAUUACAAAAGGAUAUGAAGGACCUGGUAAGACUACAAUGGAUAUUCUUAAUAUUCAAAAUGAUCAAAAAGUUCUAAUAAAUAAGUGUUUACCGAAUAUGAUAACCAAAAAAAUAAAAACUGAAAAAAUAGUUCCAAAAAUGAAAUUUCUAAAUAAAAAAAAAUUAACAAAAAAAACAAAGGAAAAAUUUAAAAAAAAAUUAAACACAUUACAUGUUAAUCAAAAAAGAGAAGAAAUGCUAAAAAUUAAUUCAAAAAAAAAUGUUAAACCUAUUAUAUAUGAUAUAAAAAAUGCACUUGACAAUGUUAAUAAUUAUAACAAUACUGAGAAUAAAUCAAGAUUAUCUGAAUGUGGUUUUUUUUGGGAUGAAAUACAUAAUUUAAGUUUCAGUGAAAAUAGAAAAGAAUCAUCCAGUGACAGUGAAGAUGAAAUAGAGCAAAAAUCAAAACAGAAAAGCAAGAAAUUAAAUACUGUUGAACGUAGAGAACAAGAAAAGCAAAAAGAACGUGAAAUUCGUCAAAGGGAAGAAGCAUUAGCUAAUAAUCAAUUGCCAAAUUCUGUAGAUCAGUUUGACAGAUUAGUUUUAGCUAGACCUAAUAGUUCAAUAAUUUGGUUGCAAUAUAUGGCAUAUUAUUUACAAACAACAGAAAUUGAAAAAGCGAGAGCGGUUGCAAGGAGAGCAGUAAAGACAAUUAAUUUUAGAGAAGAAAAUGAAAAAUUAAAUGUUUGGAAUGCUUGGUUGAAUUUAGAAUCUAAAUUUGGUACUUCUGAAUCAUUAAAUGAUGUUUUUCAAGAAGCAGUGAAAAGUAAUGAUUCGCUAAAGAUAUAUACCCAUAUGUUGAUCGUUCAUGUUGAAGCUGGUAGACAGAUUGAAUUAGAAAAAACAAUUAAUACUAUAAUUGGAAAAUUUAAACAAAUUCCUAAAACGUGGAUCGAUUGUGGAGAAGCAUUAUUAAAAAUUGGUUUGAAAGAUAAAUCAAGGCAUAUCAUGCAAAGAGCAUUGCAAUCUUUACCAGCAUCUGAACAUGUAAACUUAAUGGUAAGAUUUGCAAUUAUGGAAAAUAAAUUUGGAGAUAAAGAGAGAGCACAAACAUUGUUUGAACAAAUUUUAAGUUCCUAUCCAAAACGAGUUGAUAUAUGGUCUUGCUAUGUUGAUUCUUUAAUUAAAUCUAAUGAUAUUGAUAUAGCAAGGAGAGUACUUGAAAGAACAGUUAUUCAAACGCUACCUCCAAGAAAAAUGAAAAUUUUAUUCAAGAAAUUUAUUAAUUUUGAAGAACAAUAUGGCACUCAAGAGAAUGUAAAUCAUGUUCAACAAAUGGCUGCAGAAUAUGUAGAAAGACAAUGUAAUAAAGAUGUUUGAUGAUUUGUAAGAAUAUAAAUUAUUAAUAAAACAUU